AUGCACAACCAUAUGGCGGCGACGGCGGCGUGGGCGCUGCUGCUGCUGCUGUCGGCGGCGGGGCGGUGCGCGGGGCAGGCACUGGUGCCCGGCGUGAUGAUCUUCGGGGACUCGGUGGUGGACGCCGGCAACAACAACCGCCUGGCCACGCUGGUGCGCGCCGACUUCCCGCCCUACGGCCGCGACUUCCCGGCCACCCACGCGCCCACCGGCCGCUUCUGCAACGGCAAGCUCGCCACCGACUACACCGUCGACAACCUGGGGCUCAGCUCGUACCCGCCGGCGUACCUGGGCGAGGAGGCGCAGACCGACAACAGGAGCCUCCUCCACGGCGCCAACUUCGCCUCCGGCGCCGCCGGUUACCUCGACGCCACCGCCGCGCUCUACGGCGCGAUCUCGCUGGGCCAGCAGCUGAACUACUUCAAGGAGUACCAGUCCAAGGUGGCCGCUGUCGCCGGCAGCUCGCGCGCGGCGGCGCUGACGUCGGGGUCCAUCUACGUCGUGAGCGCCGGCACCAGCGACUACGUGCAGAACUACUACGUCAACGCCAUGCUCGCUGCCGCCUACACGCCCGACCAGUUCGCCGACGCGCUCAUGACGCCCUUCACUGCAUUCAUCGAGAACCUGUACGGGCUUGGAGCGAGGCGGAUCGGCGUGACAUCGCUGCCGCCGAUGGGGUGCCUGCCGGCGUCCGUUACCCUGUUUGGCGGUGGCGGUAGCAACGGCGGCUGCGUGGAGCGGCUGAACAACGACUCGCUGACCUUCAACACGAAGCUGCAGGCGGCGUCGGAUGCGGUGAAGAAGCAGCGGCCGGACCUGAAGCUCGUCGUCUUCGACAUCUACAACCCGCUGCUCAACCUCGUCAACGACCCCAACAGCGCCGGUUUCUUCGAGGCUCGUCGGGCGUGCUGCGGGACGGGGACGAUCGAGACGUCGGUGCUGUGCCACCAGGGGGCGCCGGGGACGUGCGCCAACGCCACGGGCUACGUCUUCUGGGACGGCUUCCACCCCACCGACGCAGCCAACAAGGUGCUCGCCGACGCGCUGCUCCUCCAGGGACUCCAGCUCAUCUCAUGA